CUGCAUGUGGAGGCCUAUGCAGUACAAGACCAGCUACACAGCUGCAGCUCCGAUGCCAGUCUAACAGGGAAAUGGAGUUGGUGUUGAGCUAUGACAGUCAGGUCUCAGCCGUCUCGGGCAGUGUGCUGGAGAUGCUAUUUAAACAGUGGGAUUACCAGGGGACCCUUCAGUGCAACAGCAAACACAACUCUUCACGUCCUGUCUAUAUUGUUAAGACAACUGAGGCUGGGUUUCUAGGCCUACUCAGUGGCCUCCCAAAGGAGCUUCAGAAGCUGUUUCCUGUCAAUCAAAGCUCAGCUGAAAGUGAUUCUGCCAUUACCUGGGAUUUCAGUGAUGAUGAAAAUAUAAGUCAUGAAAGAGAAGAUAAUUUCAGCAGCAGGAAAGGUGACAAGGGAGGAAAUGGAGGAGGCAUGAGAGAAAGAAGUGUAACUGAAAUUCUGACUCCCACUACAUGUCUGAUUCUGGGUGACGUUUUGCUCUUCACUGUCAACACACAUCAUUACCCUCUUUAUGAUCUUGACAACUUGUACAACACAAACAGUGACUUUGACUGGGGAAUGUUCAGAAAGCUCGGAGAAGAGCUGACUCUGUCCUGGACUCCCCCCAGUUUCUUCUCAGUGGUCUUUACCCAGACUGGAGUUUAUGUUUUUACACUUAGCAGCCAUCCGCACAGACACAUGUAUGUGCGGGUGAUGCCAGCAGGGGGCCAGUGCUAUGAGCCAGGCACCUUCUUCGCCACGCUCCCCCGUCAUGUGACCAGGAUGGGAAUCAGUAGACAACGCAACCUGUUACUCAGGCCAGAAUGGCUGGUGACAGGAGGACUGCUUUUUGGAGCUGUUGUCAUCCUCUGCAUAUGUGUUACACUUCUGAUCCUGUUCCAGGAAUAUGGAUGGCCUGAGAAGAAGCCAAUCAGAGCACGAUAUCGCUCAUUGCAGUCAGCUUAUCACAUGGACGACUACUCAUCAAAAGGUUCGAGAGUGGUCUCACUCAGGAAGAUUCACCGAAACCAACAAGCUAGAAUGACACAAGACACCAUUCAGCCAGCAGUGUCUGCCGACACCAUGGAAGAGUUCUGGGAUUAUGAACAUCAGGUGGAUCUGGAGGCAUUCAGCAGCAACGUAUUCUACAGCCUCCUUCUCAAACAGAGUCUGUCUGUCACCACACGGCUGGGACAGCUCACCACUGAGGUGAAGGAGCUACACCAUGGAGUGCUUGGGAAACUGCAGCUGCUCCACCCAUGCCUGAUGGAGAGGACGGGAGAGGGAUAUGACGGCGUCAGGAGGGAGAUGGAGAGGGAGGUGGUGCGACGAAAGGCUCUGGCCUCGCAGCUGGCAACACUGCUUGAUAGUCAGCAGCAGGUUUUGAGGCGGGAGCAGCAGGCCCAGCAGAGGGUCUACAGUGUGUUCACAACUCAGCUUAGAGAGUGCACCAGACUACUGGCCAAGGUUCAUAACAACAAGCAGCCACCGUGUGGAUUACACCAACAAAAUUUGUUCCAGAGGCUGACAUCCCUGGUAGAUGAGAUGGGAGAGCUAACAUCAGCAGAGUGUCAGCGUCAGGGUGCCUGGGGGCUGUUGGGUGAGGGUACAGGGGCAAAGCUGCUCUGUCCUGACACUGGAACUGUUCUGACCAAAAACCAUAUAUUUGGUAGUGAUGGGUCUCUCCGUGCCUGUCAAGCUCUUCAUUGUGAUUCAGUCACCGGCCUCAUAAGGCCGAACGCUCAUAGCCACAUGCUGUUGAACAGCAGCCACACCAUGGCAGUGCCACCUGAUUUCUUUCUCCACCAACAGACUGGAAGGGUCAUGCCGAUAGAUGGCAACGUUGGAUAUGAUCCAGCAAGCUCUACUUUAGUGCUUACAACUGACUCAUGUACAGGAGACAUAGGACAGUGGGACAGUCCCCUCCUUCCUUUCAUUCCUUACCCAACCUCCCGACACUCAGACCAGCCUCUGCCCAGUGUUCGGCUCCGAGGACUCAGACCAGGCCAGAGACUACAGCUGGGCGCUUCCAUGGCAGACCCAGACACAGGAGUCCCAGUACCAAUUCUGGCUGUAACCAUCCAUCCCCAGUCUGGACUCGUCUACCCACUGGGAGGGGUGUAUGUCUGUCCACUCACCCGCCUGAAGCAACCCAUACAGAUUGGCUGUCCCAUGCUGGACUCCAGGACGGGAAAUCUUAUGCUCACUGUUGGAGUUAGUCUAGACACGGUAACAGGAGCUGUGCUGCCAGUAGGGGGAGUUCUGUUGGGCGAUUUUUUCAUCGAACCACUGAGUGGGCGAAUUGCAAGGGUAGGAGGGGCCAGCAUACGAGCCGGGAUGCCUAUACCUAAUGCAGGAGGGUACCAAGCACUUCUAGACAGCAAGAUCCUGGCAUCUAUGUUCAAAGUGUUGGCUCUCCUGAAGCCAGUAACUGAAGAGUGGGGAUCAGACCCCACGUUGCAGCAGUAUCAGAGCAUUGAGAGAGGGAGUAGUCGACCAGAUCACCUUCUCGCUGCAACUAAGGAGCUCCAGCAGGCCUGGAAAAAGAGCCUGCACUGUCAACUGCAGCUGCUGACCAGGUUAGAAAUCCUACAAGACUGGGCCAUGGGUUUCCAGCAAGAUGGAGGGGCUCUAGGAGAGAUGCCUCUAACCGGCUCAGAUAUUUGUGUGCCUGCUCUGCUGGGGAUGGAGUACCCUGACCCAGUGGGAUCUGGUCUUAGUGUGCCUGUGCUUGGCUGUCAGAGUGACCAUGUUUCUGGGGUUAUGGUGCUAUUAGCAGGAACCAUGGAGGACCCAGAUGGAAAAGGUCUUGUUGCCAUCCGUUAUGCAUCUCAGACUGUUGAUCCAGUGACAGGGCUGUUGGCCCCAGUGGUUGGAGCCAGGCUGGAUACAUCCAGAAAAAAUAUUGUUCCUGUCACAGCUUCCUACUGGCAAAUUAUUCGAGAUCAAACUGACAGUGUACAGGUAGAGGCUCUGCAGAGAGAGGUGUGUACACGAAACACUUACUGGCAGCAGCAGAGGCAGCGGGAGGAAGAUGUCCUAUCUGAUCUAGACUCAACUCUUUAUCAGUGUCUCUUUAAAGCCACAGAGACAAACUCUUACCAGGUGCAGUGGCCAGGGAGGCAGCUGAGGGAAGCAGCUGUGGAGCUGCAGGAUUCAGCACAGACUGAGACCCUGAGAAGAGCAGCUCAGUGCUCCCACUUGGCUCUGAUCUUGCCUUCAAAUGUAUUACACAUCCUCACACUGGGUGAUGAAGAGGAAUUGGAUCAGCAGUGUGUUUUGCACUCAGAGCUCAUAUCAGGCCUGGAGAAGGUGGAUGUGUGUAUGGAGCAGCUGUUGCAAGACCAAGAAAAAUGGGCAACACAUAGACAAGACCAGACUUCAACUCCCCAUACUAUGGACAGAGACAUGAGACAGAAAGAAUUGUGGGAGCACUUUAGCUCCCUGCAGGCAGAGAUGGAGGCUGCUGUUAACGAGCUACACUGUGCCAGACACCUUUAUCAGCUCCGUGCUGACACUGCUCAGGCAAUGGUGUGUGGGAACUUUUGGUACAGAGAGUAUGGUCUGGUCCAGUGCAGUGUGCACACAGACCCUGUGAAGCUCAAGAGUUUGCUCCAGCAGAAGGCUCUGCCUCUGCUGCAAAGACUGAUCCAGCUCCUGGAGGACAAACAGCCUGCCAGCUUCUCCCCCAACACUUGUAAUCAGUUUGUCUCUGAUUUAUCACCAAAGCAGGCCUAUGUGUUGGAGACAGCCUCUCGCGUGUGGACAGCUUCUGCGCCUGUGGUGAAAGACAACCAGCCGAUGAAAGAGUUGGCACAAACUACACAUAUAUCUCUCCCCAGAAUUCCAGAAGAAGAGUGGAGCAAGCUGCUGGAGCACUCUCCUCUGUUUCAGUUGUUGAAGGGGCUGGAGCAGCAGCUGAAGAGCUGGGCCUGUGGGGCAAAGCCUCGAAGAGGAGAGCUUGGUGACAGGGGCCAGAGUUUUGUUGACGUCCUUGAAGCUCAGUGGGAGUGUGAGGGAGAGCUGAUCCCUCUGGACUUGUCAGUCCUUAACCCAAGAGAGUUCCUCAUCUACGAACACGGACUUUUUCUUAUGCACACAUUGCAUAAAUUAAAACUGACUUCAACUCUUUCUCUUCAGAUAGCAGUCAGUCUCCCAAAGAACAACUACUUCAACAAUGCCUUCAGAAAUUCCUUCUUUUUUCAGGAGGCAGAGAAGACGCUCUUUAUCCGUAGACAAAGGCUCCAGUCAGUUGGAGGCUUCUCUCUGCUACUGCUCCACUGUCUGUCCCAUGUCAAAAUAAAAGACAUGAGCUCUGACUCCAGCCCUCACUUCCAAAGGCUUUUCUUCAAGAUACUACAGGCUUGUCUCGGGGAGUUAUUCCACUCCAGGCUGGGUGUGCCCCUCUCUUGCCAGGAAGCUGAUUUGUGUGUGUUAUCUCACAACAAAGGGGCCCCAAAAGGAGACUUACAUGGGCCUCUUUCAGACUCUCAUGCUGCUUCACUGCUACACAAGCUUCACAAACCAAGCAGAGGGGCGCUGUCUGAAGAUGAAAUUGGAGAGCUGCAGAAAAAACACAGAGAAACAUCUCUGUUCUCACAUCUCGAAGAAUUUCUGAAAGAGAAAACUUGCGAGGCCACAGAAAAGCGCAACGAACAGACUGGGUAGAUAGAGAAGCUGCUGAGACUCUCCAAUUCCUCUGUUAUGGUGUUUAUGAUCAAAUCAAAAUUUUUAAAAACAUUUGGAAAAACAUAUGUUGACAAAAAUGUUACCAAAAUUCACCACAAAAUGUAAAAUUUAUUAUGCCAGAAGUGUCUUCAAAAUACAUUUUUAGGGAAAUAGUGUUUUUUCUUAACAUCCCUUUUCAGCUCAGAGAAGUCCCAGAUUGAAAAUCAUAGCACAGCCUGAUCUUUUAUUACAGUCUGGUCACACUUUUUGUGACUUAUAGCUCAGUUUUUAACUGUAUCUGAAUAAUUGUGUCAAACUAAAAGUUGUCAACCCAAAUUAAACUAAAAUAAAUGUUUGCCCUGCA